AUGAAGGAAGAAAAUGACGGUGACGACUCCUUCGCCUUUUCCUCUGAAAGGGAUGUUUCCAAUUUGUACCGAAAGGACCAUUAUAUGAAGCACUGUCAUGUUAAGAACCACAUCGAGCCGAUAGCACUGGAAGACGAAAUUCACAUUUUGAAAAGGGAGGAACAGCAAACGUUUAAAUUAAGCGACAUUUUAAAAUCACUGGAAAGAAUAAAAGAAGAAAAAAAUGAACCACCAACUGAAGACAUCGUUUUACCAGAAUAUGUGGAGCAUGAAAGAGUUGAGCAAGAAGAGGAGAGCGAAGAGAGGGUACAUUGUGGAGUGUACCUACACGAGGUAAACGUAACAGACAAUUCAUGUCUCCAUUCACGAUAUGGCAAUCUAAUCGAUGACUAUUCAGAUCCUAUACGCAUAAAGGGAGACAUGUACAUAAACAACAUGGUCCAUUUCGAAGACUGCUCAACUUAUCGUUCCAUAUUUGCGGUGCACCGAGUGGAGUGGUUCUUAGGGUUAGAAAUCAAUGAGAGAAGAAUACACGAAAUUGAGCCAUACACACAAGGGAGGUCCUUUCGAAUCCCGUUUGACGCGUUAGGAAAAUAUAUUUUUUGUAAAGCCUACAGAAAUGUGCACAUAAAUUCUGAGCAUCAGAAAAGGGGUAGAAACACCGUCUUCGAUCCGCAUACUCUACAUAAGAUGCCUGUGAAAUUUAAAGUAGAACCCAAAUGUGUUGAAAAAUGUUCUAUUACGUGUAAGGGGCCCGUCCUAAUAUCCAUAGAUAGCGCCUUCCAAAUAUUGACCCUUUUGUGCAACAAUGGUUAUUCCACCCAGGUGGUUGUUGAAGACCCCCUCGAUAACUUCUGCAACUUGUCUGCCUCAUCUCUAUCGGAUGAAGAGACAGUUACGACUACUUCCAACGUGACCAACCGAACGGAGGAGAACCACCGCUUCUUUGCUACCCUGUCCAUCAACUUUGACGAGAUAAAAUUUGCCCUACCAAAUUGGGCAACCGGCGAGGAGGGCCAACCCCCCUCUGGUGAAGCGCAUCAUACGCAGGGUGACAAGAGAAGAAACACUGCUUUUAAUUUUUUCCGCCUGUUCGACUUCCAAAAUGGUGGUGCGAACAGCUCAUCCGAUUGGAGAGCGGAAAAAAAGGACAACUCGAGUGGGGGUAAAGAUGGUGAAAAGGGGGAAAAUGGCGAAAAAGGCUCAAAACCGCUACAAAACGCUGAGCCGAAUGCACGCAAAAACGGGCACCCCAACAGGGAGGGCAACAAAACCGAGUUGACCCUCAACUUGUACGAAGUAGAAUUCAGGCUAUCCGCCAAAGACGACUGCGUUGUGGUGAGCAUCGGCAGUGAUUUACAGAGAUCAUUCAAAUUUGUCAAAUACAAAAUGGUAACUAUCAAGCCGGUUGGGAAGAGAAUCUCCGCGAAUGAGCUGUGGCUCAUACUGAUGGCCUUCAAAUCUGCGUACUCGUAUAAAAAAGUUUUUAAAAAAAAUGCCAAAUUAAUUUUCACAAAUACGAAUAUUUCGUUCGUUCAAAAUAUAGUAAACAAUUAUUUGACAAAGUCGAUGGAAAGAAAUGUGGACGGAGCUAUGCCCCUCCAGAAGAUAAACACAAUUUUUAACGAAGAGGGUUGA